UCACCUCAUUCAGCAGAUGAGAUGCUUGGUAGCGAAACGUCUAGUCUCCUCCAUGGCCCCGUGGCGUUCAAGGACGCCGACGACGGCACCAUCCCAGUGCACCCUCCCCGCCGCCGUCGCGUCCCUCCCGACGAACCAGAACCAUGCUAGCAACAGCAAGCUGAAGCGGCGCUGCUACCAGGGCGUGUGGGUGCGAGAGGAGUGGGCACCAGGCAUCAUGGCCAUGCAGCGCAGCUUCGCGGCGCGCCCCGGCGACGUGGUUCUUGCGAGCGUUCCCAAGAGCGGCACCACGUGGCUCAAGGCCUUGACGUUCGCCACGAUGGCCCGCGCCGCGUGCCCGCCGGCUAGCCCCGCCCACCCGCUCCGCCGCCUCAACCCACACGACUGCGUGCCUCUCGUGGACAGGCUCUUCGCCGUCGGCCGCGACGCUGUGCUGGACGCGCUGCCCUCGCCGAGGCUCAUGUGCACGCACAUGCCGCUGUCGGUGCUGCCGCCGUCCAUCUCCGGAGGACCCCACUGCAAAAUCGUCUACAUUUGCAGGGAUCCAAAGGACAUGGUGGUAUCGUUGUGGCACUUCGUCAAUCGUGCUCAACCUGACAUAUCGCUCCAAGAGAUGUUCGAGACUGUCUGUGAGGGCACAAGUAACGGCGGGCCAUUUUGGGAUCACAUCCUCGGAUACUGGAGGGCAAGCAAUGCAGAGCCAAGCAGAGUGCUUUUCCUGACCUACGAGCAGAUGCUUCAGGAUCCGCUCGACAAAGUCAGGAAGCUAGCUCAGUUCCUUGGGAGGCCAUUCUCUGACACAGAGGAGGAGGCCGGUGUCGUUGCAGAGAUUGUUCAGCUCUGCAGCUUGGAGAAUCUGAAAAAUUUAGAGGCGAACAAGAAAGGCUCCCAAGGAGUGUUCUUCAAGUUCUCGCAUGACUCCUAUUUCAGGAAUGGGGUGGUGGGAGACUGGGUGAACCACUUGACACCUGAGAUGGCUAAACGUCUGGAUGCGAUAUGCAAGGAGAAGUUUCGUGGGUCAGGCUUCACUUUCUAGUGAUGCUAGUUACACUGGCGGAGCUUGACUGCAAUGUCAGGGGGGCCAGAAGCAAAGUAUACAUGUUUAUAGGGGCUAAUGAGAAUACUUUGUUCUAAUUAUGC